AAUCGCCCUUUUCCCUGCACGGCGGACCCUUUACUUAACAAAUAGGACGUUAACAUCUGUCGACUUGUCGGCAUGGCUUCCACCUCAAGUUUCGCCCCUCCGAAACUGGCUGACUUCAUCCUCACAGAGAGGCUGGGCAGUGGUACCUAUGCUACGGUCUACAAGGCCUACAGGAAGGGGGACAAUAGAGAGGUGGUGGCUGUGAAGGUGGUUGGAAAGAAGACUCUAAACAAGGCGUCGAUGGAGAACCUACUCACAGAGAUUGAAAUCCUCAAGACAAUGCGUCACCCUCACAUAGUGCAGUUGAAGGACUUCCAGUGGGACAGUGAGAACAUCUAUCUGAUCCUGGAGUGGUGCUCUGGUGGAGAUCUCUCCCGUUUCAUCCGCAGUCGCAGGCUUUUGUCUGAGAAGGUGGCCCAGCGCUUCCUGCAGCAAAUAGCCUGUGCCCUGCAGUUUCUUCAUGAAAGAAACAUCUCCCACCUGGACCUAAAACCUCAGAAUAUUCUGCUCAGCGGCGCUGUCCUCAAAUUAGCAGAUUUUGGCUUUGCCCAGUACAUGUCACCAUGGGAUGAGCAGAGCGUUCUCAGGGGCUCUCCCCUCUACAUGGCCCCUGAGAUGGUAUGCAGACGGCAGUAUGACUCCAGGGCGGAUCUGUGGUCGGUAGGAGUCAUUCUCUAUGAGGCGCUGUUUGGCCGUGCACCAUUUGCCUCAAGGUCCUAUGCUGAAUUGGAGGAGAAGAUCCGCAGUGACAAGCCCAUAGAGAUCCCCCCAGGGGCCAGGGUAUCCAGGGACUGCAGAGACCUUCUAUCACGGCUAUUAGAGAGAAACCCAGACGCCCGGCUCACCUUCGAUCAGUUCUUCUCCCACCCCUUUGUGGAUCUGGAGCACAUGCCCAGCCCAGAGAGCAUAGGGAAAGCGAAAGAGCUGGUGCUGCAGGCCGUGCAAAAGGACCAGGAGGGGGAGAGGUCCAUUGCUCUGUCUCUCUACUGUCGCGCCCUCCAGCACUUUGUCCCUGCCAUUCACUAUGAGACAGACCGACUGCGCAAAGAUGCCCUGAGGCAGAAGGUCAGUCAGUAUGUGUCCAGAGCUGAGGAGCUGAAAGCCCUGGUAGCCUCAGAGAACAGAUUGAGCUUCGAGAAGGCGAGGACCGCCAGGGACGUCCUCCGAGAAAUGUCUCGUGACCUACCACGGCUGAUGGCAGCCCUAGACCUGGCCUCUACCGCCAUAGCAAAGGAGGAGAGUGGGUUAGAUGAUCAUGAUGCACUGGAUCUCUACCAGCAGUGUUUAGGAGAACUCCUGCUAGCCCUAGCAGCUGAGCCGCAGGGCCGUAGGAAGGAGCUGCUUCACAGCGAGAUUAAAAGCCUGAUGACCAGAGCUGAAUACCUCAAAGAACAUAUCAAGAUGCAGGAGACUCAGAAGGAUGUGUCCCUGGACCGGGAACCCCUAUCAGACUCUGUCAGAAGCUCCUGCUGUUUGCAGUGAACUGGCCAUACAGCCGCCUCGGGACCCAGCAGAGACGCAGCUGGAGAAGAAGAUAGCCUGUCUGUUUUCAGGAUGGGAUAAAGGUCUCGCUUCGUCCCCAGAGCCAAGCCUGAAGCAGCAGCUUAUCAGCUCAUCAACCCACCACCCCACUUCACACUUAACCAACAGCAUGCACCGUCGGGGUAAGAAAUCACCACCAGCUGCCAGCAGCAUACUAGACAAUUUUGGUCGUGGCUGGAAAAUGUGUCCACUCUAAAAGACAUUUGGAUGUGUAGACAACGUGUCUCCAUUGAGAAAAAAAAUUACAUAGCAAAAUUUGGGUUUUGGACCCAAACACACUCACUGGUGAAUAACAAAGUUGGUUGCUGUACAAGUGUAGUAUUUCCACUGUUGAACACCAAAGUCUUGCUGAGAAAACUAUUGAUGUGAAGAGGACAGGGAGCUUUGUGUGCCAAUGCUGCACUGUUAUUCUACACUAGUUAAAGUGAGAUGAGAUCAUUUCGCUGCGUUUACUGCUGCAGAAUGUACAUAGACUCUUGCCUCUAGAAUUAUACACGACAGGAAACUGAAGAUUUACUUGAAAUCAAAAAGGGACUGUGAUGUUCAAGAUGUACCAUACUUACAAUCCCUCUCCACAGACACACAUGCAUUCUCUCUCUCUCUCUCUUUCUCUCACUCUCUUACUCUUUCUCUCUCUCCCUCUCUCUCCCCCUCUCUUUCUUUCUCGCUCUCUCUCUCCCUCCCUUUGCUGUGGGUCUCUCUCUUGCUCUCUCUCACUCGCUCUCUUACUCUUUCUCUCCCUCUCUCUCUUUCUUUCUCGCUCUCUCUCUCUUUUUUGCUAUGGGUCUCUCUCUCACUCUCUCUCUGUCUCUUUCUUUCUUGCUCGCUCUCUUUCUCUCGCUCCCUCCCUCUCCC